ACCUUCAGUGGACUGUCUGUACUUGAAACCCUCCAUCUAUCAUACAAUCAAAUAGCUGUUAUUCGAGUUAAAUCCUUCAGUGGACUUUCUCUUCUUCGUGAUAAUACCUCCAGUGGACUGUGUGUACUUAAAACCCUCCAUCUAUCACACAAUCAAAUAGCUGUUCUUCGCGAUAAUACCUUCAGUGCACUGUCUGUACUUGAAUCCCUCCAUCUAUCACACGAUCAAAUACAGCUUCUUCGUGAUAAUACCUUCAGUGGACUGUCUGUACUUGAAUCAUUCCAUCUAUCACACAAUCAGAUAGCUGUUCUUCGUGAUAAUACCUCCAGUGGACUGUCU